AGGCUAGCUAGCUAGCGCUUAACCGACCUAGUUCAUAUCAGCAAAGCGUUACAUCAUUGUGGUUCGGGUCCCACCUGGGAAAUAGCGGCCUAACGAAGCCAACGCCUCCUACUUUAUUCAGUACGCACUGUGACAUUAGUAUGACACACUGACCUGUCAAACUAAAAAGAGCGAAAGCUGCAGUGACUUAGCAAUUUAGUUUUUUUUCGAAGGGGCUGUCAAGACGCCACUGGUUUCAUCGUGUCCUGAUUUUGAGCCAAAAGAAGAGUUAUGUCCUGUCCAUGCACUUCGGCUGCCAGGCUGUUCCUAAACACUGCCCACAGAGGGUUUUCCUGCUCCAGGAUCCAGUUGUUUUCUCUGAGUCGUCAUGGGUCUCGGGAAACUCAUUUACCUCCCCGGGUACGGGUGAGGUCAUUUUCAGAGACUGCUGUCUGCUAUACCUCUAAAGAUGGGACAACAAAGGACGGUGGAAGUGAUGGUGGAAAGAAAAGCAUCAGUGAGGGGAAGAGACUAUCUGGCUCUGGAGGGUCAGGCAAGGGGGGAAGCCAGCUACGCUGCCCAAAAUGCGGAGAUCCCUGCACACAUGUAGAGACCUUUGUAUCAUCAACACGAUUUGUCAAAUGUGAGAAAUGCCAUCACUUUUUCGUGGUUCUGUCUGAAACGGACUCUAAGAAGGGGCUAAACAAAGAACCAGAAUCUGCUGCGGAGGCUGUGAAACUGGCAUUUGCACAGAAACCUCCACCUCCCCCAAAGAAGAUAUAUGCUUACCUCGACAAGUAUGUUGUUGGCCAGUCCUAUGCAAAAAAGGUGCUAGCAGUUGCAGUGUAUAAUCACUACAAGCGCAUCUACAACAACAUCCCUGCUGGGAGUCGACAGCAGGUGGAGGUGGAAAAACAGCCCUCUCUAACGCCUCGUGAGCUAGAGAUGAGAAGACGAGAGGAUGAGUACAGAUUCACAAAACUGCUGCAGAUUGCAGGGAUCAGUCCUCAUGGAAAUGCUCUGGGAGCGUCCAUGCAGCAGCAGGCGAGUCAGCAGGCACCUCAGGAGAGGAGGGGCGGUGAGGUCCUGGACUCUACACACACCGACAUCAAACUGGAGAAGAGCAACAUCAUACUUCUAGGUCCAACUGGCUCAGGAAAAACAUUGCUAGCGCAGACACUGGCACGUUGUCUUGAUGUUCCCUUUGCAAUUUGCGAUUGCACCACACUAACUCAAGCUGGAUACGUGGGAGAAGACAUCGAGUCAGUUAUUGCCAAACUGCUGCAAGAUGCCAACUACUCAGUGGACAAAGCACAGCAAGGUAUUGUGUUUCUGGAUGAGGUUGAUAAGAUUGGCAGUGUGCCCGGAAUCCAUCAGCUGAGAGAUGUAGGAGGAGAGGGAGUCCAGCAGGGGUUGCUUAAACUCUUGGAGGGCACAAUCGUCAACGUUCCUGAGAAAAACUCAAGGAAACUGAGAGGAGAAACGGUGCAGGUCGACACAACAAACAUUCUGUUUGUUGCAUCUGGUGCCUUCAACGGACUUGACAGAAUCAUUAGCAGAAGAAAGAACGAAAAGUACUUGGGUUUUGGAACUCCCUCCAACCUGGGGAAAGGGCGCCGUGCUGCGGCUGCCGCAGACUUGGCCAACACCAGCGGUGAGACUGACACAGUGGCAGAGAUAGAGGAGAAGGACCGGCUGCUGAAGCACGUCGAGGCCAGGGACCUCAUCGAGUUUGGAAUGAUCCCAGAGUUUGUUGGCCGUCUGCCUGUGGUUGUUCCUCUGCACAGCUUGGAUGAAGAAACACUCGUCCGAAUCUUGACUGAGCCACGCAAUGCUGUUGUGCCCCAGUACCAGGCUCUGUUCAGCAUGGACAAAUGUGAACUCAAUGUGAAUCAAGAUGCCUUGAGGGCCAUAGCUAGGAUGGCUCUGGAGAGAAAAACUGGAGCUCGUGGGCUCAGAUCCAUCAUGGAAAAGCUCCUUCUAGAGCCCAUGUUUGAGGUGCCACACUCUGACAUCAUGGCUGUUGAGCUGGACAAAGAUGUUGUCCAAGGAAAGUCACAACCCAGAUAUAUCAGAGCUCCAGCCAAGGAGUCUGCGGAGGAGGAAUACGACUCAGGCAUUGAGGAGGAGAACUGGCCUCGACAGGCAGACGCUGCAAACAACUGAACCAUGUCACUUAUUUCACCUAAAGACAGCCUCUGAAAUAUUAGAUUACCAUGAACUUUUGGAUACCACCUCUGGGUUUUAUGAUAGCCCCUGACAAACAAGCUGUGGACAUUGUGUUAGAGGUUAAGAAAGCUGCUGGCUCUCACUGAAGAGUGUUUUCAUCAUGAACAAGUAAAGAGUGUAACAACCGUUGGUCCCGUGCAUCAGACAUUAAUUCUCUAGCGGUGCGCUCGCAGGGUGGACCUUCAAUAUUUCAAUCUCUGGGGAUUGUUAACAUUUUAUCUAUAUAAAGAUAAUGCAAUUUUAUUCAUGAAAGGAUUUGUAGCUAGUUAAAGUUGUUUUCUCUUUUUGUGGUGAUGGGCUGUCAUGGCAAGGGAAGCAAAAUGAAGUUAUGGGAUCAUACUGUACACUUGAAAAGGUGGUGUGCUGAGAAAGUGUAGAUGUGAUGUUACCAUGUCAAGUAAUGCCUUAUAUCAUAAGGGCAUAAUAUUCCAUGAGCACAUCAAUAUUUUGAUGUUUUCUUCUUUACCACCAUUGUAAUAAUGGUGUUCACAGUAAAAUCGGGCUGUAAAUGCUGAGCUACACUGCUUUGGUAGCAUUUGUAAGCAGUUUGUAUGACAUAACCUGUAAUUAGGAGAACACAUUGUGAUGUAUAACGCACCAGCACACUAAACAAAGCAGGUGGAAAAUAAUGGUGACCUGUUUAAACAGCCAGAAUGGUUAUUUUUCAGUGUUUUGCUUCCUCUUCUAGCCCACUCUUUAGGGAAUGUAUAUGCGUUUACUUCCAGGCCUCUGUGUCACUGGACUGGAUCAGAGGGCUGUCUCACAAAGCAGAAUAAGCAGGUUAGCUAGGAAGUGUUUUGUUUCGGAGGAGCUAUCCUCAAAUAAACAUGACUGAAUUGUAUGCUUCACGUUCAAGCUUCAUUGCCCAUCUUGACAUCAUUAUCAGACAGAUCAUCUCUGUCACAGUUUGCAGGAAGCAGCUCCAAAUCUGCUUUGUCAGACACCCCUCAGAACAGCACAGGUAUUUUUUAAUUUUCUUUGUGUGUACUUCAGCGUUGGAAACUCACCUUUAGUGAUGUAACAUCCUGUUACUUAAUGGUACCUCAGUACAUAUGUUGAAGCCUCCACCUCAAAUGCUCUUUGACUGAACUGAACCACGCUGCUGUACUCUUUAAAAUGCUGUUUGUGCUAUAAAAUGAGAUUAAACUAGAUCUGUUCUCCUCUCUGCUUUAAGUUUCCCUUUCUUUUAGGCUUUUCUCUCUUUUCAGAGGUCUGUUACAGAACCUGUAAACCACCAAGUUUGUGAAUCUGAAAUUUAUUGUGAUUGUUUAAAAUAUAUAAAUAAAAUGUAUAUCUCUGUG